CUAAAAUUCCCGGUUGUUCGGAUGAUUACGUUACUCCCGAAAUUAGUUUUAGCCAGACUUUCAAUAGUUUUUGAAAAUAACUGACCGCGUUUAAAAAGAGGCAACACUUUGAAUAUGUGAUCUUUUCACUGUUUGCAAUUACACUAGUUACCGGAAAUCGAAAUGCAACUCAAUGGGACGUUCGACGUGAAGUUAGGUAAAAGUUUUCUAGAUCGAGAUUCAACAUCAUACAUGACCAUGCGUUGUGAUUUCAUGCCCGCUUCUGUCGAUCGUUCACAACCUGGGUCAAUCAAAGUAAACGAGAGCAAAGAAGUUGUUGUUAGCCUGCCCAACGUUACAAACUCUGGACCAGAUACAGCAACUUUGUUUCGUGGAACUGCACGUCCCGUUCAAAAAGAAUGUAUUUUGAUCUACAAUAAAAAGACCCAUGAAUUAACCUUGGAGAGAAUUGCACAUACUGUGCAGCUAAAGAAAACCCGAGAAGAACGAAAAGCUGACACCACUUGUCCGACCAACUCAGAAAUGCCACAGUUCCAGUCCUUGGCUAGCCGCUCAGAACAAGAUUUAAAAUCUGUUCGACCAUCUCCAACCAAAAGAAAAUCUAAUGAUCCCGAGAUAUCGACUUCGAGUUCUAUAGUACAACAGCCAACUCAAAAAAAGCCUCCACAUUCGAGAACGCUAAGUAGUAGUAGCAGCAGUAGUAGUAGUAGUAAUAGUGGUACUUCUAGUAGUAGUUGUGACAUGGAUAUUGAAACAUCGGAGAGUGAUAGUGACAGCUCCUCAGAAAGUGAUUCAAAUUCAUCUACUCUUAGUAGUUUAUCAAAUGACAGAAACAAAACGUCGAAAGCAAAACCAUCUUCAAAUGGAAAAACUAAUACGAAAACGGCCAAUGCAACAAAUUUAGCGGCCCAUCGUAAACUGAUUGAACAUGAUUUAAAAUUAAGUGAUUCUGACUCUGAUUCUUGUGCAUAGAAUGUUCUAGGAAAAAAAGCUGUUUUCUGUGAUUUGUGCUGUAAAUAGUGAUUCUUACUAUAAAAAGACAUUAAAGAAGUAUGUACCACUUUUCCGUAUAUGAUUAUCUCUUAUGAUUGAUUUUAUUUGUCUUUAAAUAAAUACUGCCAUUUA